AUGGCACAAUCACAAAUUGAAGUUAUACCAAAUACUGAAACCAUAAUUUUACCAACAAAAGAACAAACUAAUAAAUUGCUUAAUCUUGAUAUGCCACUUUUGAUCGAUAGUAGUUCUACAUUCAGCACCGUCCUUCAAGCAUCAAAGUCUCCAACUGAUAAUGUACAUGAAGAAGCAUCAGUUAUUGAAUACGAAUCAGAUCAAUUUAUGAAUACAAGUAUUGGUAAUCGAGGUCAAUGUGAUCUAAAUUGUUUUAAUGAUUUGCCAACCUUGACUUCAUUAUUAGAAGAAAAUCAAAAAAUUGGUUUUUAUGAUAUUGAUGAUGGUGCGAGUAUUAGUAGUAAAGAUUCAUCCAUAUUGACAUCUGCUCGAUAUGCAUCUUCACCUAUAGCUUUAGGUGAUAAUGAACGUUUAAAUAGUUCAUCUGAUGAAAUAAAUACUUUUCCAGCGAAAUUAACAAGUUCAAGAAAGUUAAGUUCACGAUGUGUUUCAUACAAGCGAAAAAUAGGUAUGUCUAUUCGUCGAAAAGGACCAAGCAUCUCUCGUCACAGUCAAAUGAAUAUUGAAAAUCAUUAUCCUGAUACAGAACGUUUUGAAAGUCUAUUUCAAUCACCAAUAGCUGAGCUUAGCGCUUGGCUAUCAGAACAAAUACGAGACAAACUCAUUUCACUUAACAUUGUCAAAGAAAAAUUUAAAAAAAUUAUUGAUGCUCACCAUCCCAAAAAAUUUGAUAACAUUAAGUUAAGGAAUGACUGGAUCCAGCGACAACUGCAACAACAUUCACCAGAAUACUUUUGGUUUGGUACUAUUGCCAAAUGUCAUGGAACAUAUGUUGGUUUGAAUAAUAUCGAUUACCAUUUAAAAAAGCUUUUGUCAUCAUCACUUACGUCCACCUUGUCACAAUCAAGUGCCUCCCCUACUGUCGAUUACGACGAUGAUAUAAAUAACCAAAAGAAAAAUUUAUGCCAAACGUUAUUCACAACAAUAACUACAUUACGAGAACAUAUUCGUGAUAAUGUUCAUCUAGUUCGAAUCUUCAAUGAAGAACCUGAAAAAAUGAUCCAUUUAACAGCUAGUUUAUUUAAUAAUCUUGUUCCAAUGCUGCUUCGGAAUUUCAUUGGCAUAUUAACAGCAAGUGAUCGAAGUUUUUUGAAAAUCAAGAGAGAAUAUAUGUAUUUCGAUAUGUUUGAUAUUGAUUUGUUUCGUAAUAGUCAUGAAUGGCUAAAAAAUAUUUCAAUUUGUUUUGAUAUUAUCAAUGUUCAAAAUGAUCGAAUUGUGACACCCAAGCAUAUUUUAUUAGCCAAUGAAGUCUACAGACACGCUCAUUCGUAUGAAUUAUUGACAGUAUUGAAUAGAUAUGGUGUUGUAUGUUCGCAUCAGAAUCUCUCUCGUCUUUAUCAUUCUAUUGGAAAGAAUGAUGAUACAUUCGCAUCUGCAAUACCUACAAAUGUACGUAACAAUUGUUUUAUGAUCGAAGUACAUGAUAAUUUCGAUAUGAAUAAAGAAACGUUAAGAGGUGAAGGAAGUUUACAUGUUGUUAAUCGAGUUAUUUUGCAAACUAGUGAAAAUGAUGGCAAACUUACCCAUUUUCCUUCUCCAAUGUCUUCAAAUACUGCACGUUCGUCAUCACAACUAUCUUCAAACAAUGUAAAUGUACAAAAAAAUAUAUUGUCGUCUUCAUCUUCUGCUAAUUCAGCUUUAAUUUUGUCUACUUUAACGAGUGCAAGUGAUAUAUCAGCUACAACAACAAAUCAUUUAAGCAAACCGACUAGUCUUUACAAGGAGUUUCUAUCCUCAAAUCAUGGUGUAUCUUUAUUUUGCUUUGAUCUAGUCAAAAGUUGGUUCAGUACAAAUUAUUUAAAUUCUUCUGUAUUAGUACCACGACAUUGUACACCUAUUCCAUUAAUAUCAGGCUUUUUUGCCUCUUAUUUGUCAUCAUAUUUACGUCCAAUACAUCAUGUAACAUUUCUUCCACCUAUGCAUGAUGAUCCAAAUAAAACUUCGACCACAUACGCAUGCAUGGAAUCAACAAAACAACGGUUAUUAGAUAGUGGCAUACAAGAAGUAGCGGUAAUUGUUGUUGAUGAAAAGAUUUACAGAAAUUGUAUUGAAGUAAAACAAAAUAAUAAAUUACUUUUUAAUAAAGUAUUACCUUAUCCAGGUGAAUUUCGUUUAAUGAAAAACUAUAUGAUUGCCGUCUGGGACAUAUUAGAAGGAUCUGGCAUUGAUACAGCAUUAGGUGAAUUAUACAAAGGAGCCAGCCUUCGAUCAAUUAUGAAUUGCUCUCAUUUUAAUAAAUCUUUACGUGCUAUGAAAUUGCUGCAUUCCGCUUUAGCCGCAUUAAUCAUUCAUGAGUUUCUUUCUAUUGUUCCACGUGAAAUCUUCAAUGAUAUUGAAGUUAUUAUGCAAUCCAUACCACUUGAUGUUUCUACUAAUACAUGUCCAUUAAUUGAUAUGUACAUUGCUAUCCGAUCAGCUGAUUUCGAUGGUCGCAAUGCAGCAUUAAGUCGAAUGGCACCAUUGUUUUUCUCAACAAACCAUUUGAACUAUGCUCGAUUAUGUGCACGUCACCUUACCGAUCUUCGUUCAUGUUCCGAUGAAUUAUUCAAUGUGCUUGCCAAGGCGUUUGCAGUUCAACGAACAUCACGUCCUUUUUCUGCAAUACCGAUGGACCAGACAAUUGAAGUAACAAUCAAUAAAGCCGGUAAAGGUCAUGCAGGAAUUAGUGGUCGAUAUAAUAAAAAUAUGAUUGAUAUCUGGUGUAGAUCCUUUUCUUAUCGUUCAUUAUUAUCUACUCUUACAUUUGAAUUUGCUGAAUAUGAAACUGAUAACGACAAUAUAGAUGCUCAUAUUGAAUGUAGUCCUUCAAGACUUGAAUCAGAUCAGCAUGAUUUUGCUACAUUACUUAAUUUCUUCUACAAAGAACGUUUAUUUACAUGUGAAGAUGAAACUGUUACACAACUCUUUUUUGGACAACAAUUUCAAACAGUAAUUAUUGAUGAUAUUUUGGAUUAUGUUCGACGUGGAAAAGUAGCUCUUGAAGAAUUUAUAAAGGAACGUUUUGUUUUGUGUUCAAUUCCAUCUCAAACUAGUAUGAACAAGAUGAAAUUACUGAAAUUACGUGACAAUGAUAGAUUUGAUCCACAAUCUGGCCUUGUUAAACGUACACCAAAGAAAGUAAUCGACAAUAUUAAAGAAAUAGACGAAAUUAUCAUAAAAGCAAUUAUUCUUAGUCAAUAUCGGCCAAAAAUAAAUUUAAUUGAAUUUUUUGGACAUGAAUUUUCAUCUCGACCAAUUUCACUAUGCAAUCGAAACAACAAUGACUUAAUGAACAACCAAAACAAAUCCACAGUUCUUACAUUUAAAAAAAAAAAAUUCCCAGAAAGCUUUAGUUCAAUUAAACCAAUUGAUAUUUCAUCAAUGCCUAUUAAUGAAUGUGCUUUACUUAUUGACGGUGGUGCUCUCUUGCAAACACGUCCUCCAUCCAAUUAUACAGUGCUAGAUUAUGCAAUUUUUCUAUUGGAAAAAAAAAUUAUUAUAGAAUUUAAUUAUUUUGAUCGAAUUGACAUUAUUUUUGAUUCCAAUCGAAGUUAUUCGAUAAAAUCUUUCAUUCCGAGACAUAACAUGAUUAAUGAACAAAAAUGUGUUUAUUAUAAGCUGUUACCAGAACAUAAAAUACCUACCGGUCGACAAUUUGAUCAUAUUUUACGAAGUGAUAAUCGUGCUGUUUUAGCAGCUGCUGUUGUCCAAUGUUGGCAGUUGCCAUCAGUACUCAAAUUAUUACCUAUGCACAAGAAACUCGUUGUUGGUGGUCCAAAUGCAACUGCUUUCUAUCUUUCACAUGAUUUACCACCUGAAGAAGCACUUGAUUUGGAAAGUAAUCAUGACGAAGCCGAUACUCGUCUCAUUCUUCAUUUACAAGAUGCUGCAUUGACCAAUUAUAAAACAGUUAUUGUACGAUCUGCAGAUACUGAUGUUGUUUUUCUCAUGAUAUCGUAUGCCAAUACUAUCAAUUUAACAAAUCUUGUCGUUGAUGCAACUGUUCGUAGUGGUCAAGAGAAAUAUAUCAAUUGUACGAUGAUCCAUAAUGAUUUAAUCAACAAAUACAAAAUUUUUCCAGAACUUCUACUCGUUCUGCAUGCGCUUACUGGAUGUGAUACCACUUCUUUUUUCCGAAAUAUAUCAAAAACAACAUUUUUUGAAAAUUUUUUUGCUGAUCCUCGUCUAUACGAUGACCUUGAAAAACUUUCUGUUUUUCCUAUGGUUCAAGAAGAUAUUAAAGUUGUCGAAAGAUUGAUCUUCAAUUGUAUUCAUCAUGCGGAACGGCGAUCAAUAAUAAUGAAUAAUUCAAAUCUCAUUUCGUAUAAUCUAUCAAAUAUUAACUCAUCGAUUGAUACAUCUUUUCUUUCAAUUGAUAAUAUACGAGCAGCUAUGGCUAUUAGUGCACUUCGAAAAGGCAACAAAUCCAUCGUCCUCACCCUUCCACCAUCAUCCGAUGCAUUGUUUCAUCACUGUCGUAGAGCAAGUAGGCAAUAUCAAAUAUGGAGAAAUGCACAUAUAGCGAAUAUUCCUUAUCCUGAACUAUUUGGUUUUGAAAAUAUCAAUAAUAAUACUAAAAUUAAAUGGACAACAAAAAACCCUUUACCUGAAGAUAAUUUUCUUUUUCAUUCGUGCAAAUGUAAAGGUAGUUGUGAGAAGAUGUGCAAAUGUGGAAGAUAUUCACAACCAUGCACUUUAUACUGUUCCUGUGAUGCAACAAAGUGUUGUAAUCGAUCAUCAAUUUCUCAACAUCUAUCAAUUGGUCAUGCUCAAUCUUCAUCAAUUGUAUCUAUACAUAUGGAUAAUAUGUUACAUGAUCAUAACUAUUUACAUAAAAUCAAUGAAAGCAUCGAUUAUGAUCAAUCAUCUUUUGAUUCUGGUGAAGAUAAUUAUGCUGAUAGUUCAGAUUCUGAAGAGGAUAUAAUUCUUCCACCUGACAAUCAAUCUUCAACUAGCUCAUGCAAUAAAAUUGAUUUAAAACGUAAAGAUUCUUUUAUAUCUGAAUCAAUGUCAUUAUCGCUGAAAAAGACGAAAUUAUAUGAUCAUGUUCUUUCAUUCGAUUGA